CACUGCCAGGAAAUGCACGACGCUUCCUCCUGCUUAGCUACGUCACCGAUGACGGCGCGGUUAACAUAACUGACAUGAGUCCCUGUUGGAUUUCAGUCCAUUCAAUACUUUACUAAGGUGUCCAAGUGGAUAGAUUAGUUAAAAAUAGCUUGAAGUUACCAUAGAAAUGUGGAGGCGUUUGUACGCCACCAUCCUUCAACGAGCGUCCAGAGGCACCAACUUCUCCAAUGCACCACAGUGUUCCCCCUCUGAAGUAUUCCCUCCUUCGCCUCACCUGCAACCUGGACAGCAGCUUCACUCUUCAUCCCGGGCUGGCGAGCACACGUUGGGGACCCAACCUGGACGCUGUCUCUCAACACAUCAGGAUUUUGACUUUCAGCUCAGCAGAGUUCAGACUAACAACAUUCUGCGAUCAAAUGAGCAGAGUGUGAGCAUACCUGAGUUUGAUGGAAGGGGUGUCAGGCUGGUGAGAAAGUUUGAGAGCAACCACUUAGCCGCCAACACCCCUAAUGAGGAUCGACGCAGCGCAGCCACCUGUUUGCAGGCCAAGGGCAUGCUCUUCGGUGUGUUUGACGGCCAUGGCGGCUGGGCGUGUGCGCAGGCUGUCAGUGAGCGCUUGCUGUACUACAUCACCAUCGCCAUGAUGCCCAAGAGCAGCCUGGAGGAGCUGGAGUUGUGCAUGGAGCAUGGCAGGCCCGUUCCACCCUUACUGCAGUGGUAUAAGCACCGUGCAGAUUUUAACUACCGGGACUCUGCUUCGCUCUACAUUGAUCACCUCAGAGUCUUCUGGCAGGAGUUGCUAGACAAUGAGGAACACAGGGAAGGCAUGUGCCCUUCAGAUGCCAUGCAUUAUGCCUUCAGACGUCUUGAUGCUGACAUCUCCUUAGAGGCUCAGGUUCCUCUGUCCAGUGACCUGAUGAGAAGCACGGCUAUUCAGGUUGCGUUUGCCGGCUCCACAGCUUGUGUGGCUCACGUUGGGCCGGAUGGGAUCCAUGUGGCGAACGCUGGUGACUGCAGAGCUGUGUUAGGUGUUCAGGAGGCUGACGGCUCGUGGAGAGCCGUGCCCCUCUCCCAAGACCACAACUUCCAGAACAGGGCUGAAGUAGAGAGGAUCAGGGCCCAACACCCAUCCUCAGAGAAGGACACAGUAAUCACAGAUGACAGACUUCUUGGAGUUUUGAUGCCCUUGCGUGCAUUUGGUGAUGUGAAGUUCAAGUGGAGCCACGAGUUGCAACAGAGCGUCUUAGAUAGCCUGGAAUCCGGAGUCGACCUGGAAUCGCUCAACUUGUACCACUACACACUGCCCAAUUAUUUAACGCCACCCUAUCUUGAUGCGGUCCCAGAGGUCACGUAUCACAAAGUGAGACCACAAGACCGCUUCCUUAUCCUCGGGACGGAUGGCCUAUGGGAUGAACUGAGGAAUGAGGAGGCUGUGAGGCUCAUUGGCGAGCACCUGAGCGGCAUUCAUCUACAGGCUCCAGUCUCGCAGUCGGAGCGGCAGCUGAAACUCGGUCAGAUGCACGAACUCCUGCUCAAACGUCAGGCCCGCGCCUCACCCGCCACAGACUCCAACGCCGCUACGCACCUCAUCAGACAUGCUCUGGGCACAGGUGAGUACGGCGAACUGUGCCAAGAGAGGUUGGCGUCCAUGCUCGCCCUGCCAGAGGACCUGGCCCGUAUGUACCGUGACGAUAUCACGGCCACUGUGGUGUAUUUGAAUCAUCACAGCUAGCAACAUCUGCUGCUUAUAUAUAUAUAUUUUAAGUGUAGAUGUCAGUGUUGCUCCGUUUACAGGCUUGUAUUUUUAAAUUUGCACAUGUCCGCUCCUUACAGUAGCGUGUGUCAUGUCAAAUACAGAUCAAGUGUUCAUAUUGCAUAAACUAUUAAAAACCACAUUUUUCUGUCUAUUUAAGAGCACUCUUCUCCAUGUCUAACGUGGCUCCAGAAUAAUGCACACAUUGUUUGGUUCUUUUGUUAUUUGUGUCUCCUACAGUUGGCUGUACAGUAUUUGCUGUUGACAAUCCACGUGUGCCACUUUACCCGUUUCUGAAUUGAAAUGUCUGUGUCACGGUAUAAUUAAAAAAAAAAAAAACAACUACAUGACGGAAAGAUUAAAUAUAUAUGUAAUAUAUAAAGUAAAUGAUUUGAGUUGUGCUUGUUGACAGUUGGUUCCUGUUGAAUAAAAGUGCAAAUGUGCUAAAUAAACUGAGUCAAUCUGCUCCUGCUGUUUUGUCAAGUUCCAUUUUAUGAGGAUAUUUCAAUGUAUAGUAGAUCCAUGCCUAUUCACUCACUUUCUCAGUUUUAACCUGUAAAUAUGUAUAUAUAUUUUUUGAUGGUGAGUGCUUUGAUGGCACUAUCUGCACUGCUGAACUGUGGUGCAGCUGUGACUCCUGCAGGUUUUCAUAAAGAUAGAUAUCAAGCUGAAAUAUAAUCACACACUAUAAAAAAUAUAAUUUUAAUAUUUGACAAACUUAAAAAGGAAAAAGGCAAUGAAGCUUUAAUGAAAGCUCUUAUUUAAAUACUGUACAAACAUAUUGGAAAUUUGUCCCGUGUUCUCUGUUGGGUGCAUUUUGGUGUAGCUGAUGAACUGUCGCCGGAAUUUGCGCAGCUCAGCCAUGUUGACGCUUCUGGUCAGCUCAAUGUUUAACAUACUGUUAAGGACUUUUGGAGAUAAUGGUUUCUGUUUUUUCUGUGUUCCCUGUGCAGACCUAAAUGUACUAGGGGGUCACUCUGUGUCUGCCAUACUGUGUUCAAACAAGAAAAUCAAAGUACAGGUAUUUGUUCCUGACAGUCAUGUGGAGCUGCUGCCAAUAAAAAUCCACCCCCUC